AUGAGGUCCUUUUUAGUCAUCUUCGGCGCUCUCUAUCUUGCUGGCGCAACUGUCGACAAUGCGUUGAAGGGAUGCCCGCCGGCAAUGAAUAGCUUCAGCAAGCACACUUUGGUUAUGAAGAAUGGAACCGUGAAUCAAGCAGCCUUCAAUAUGUUGAUGAAUUCCCCGGUGUGUGGUGUUUGUAGAGAAUUAAUGGAGGAUCUAAAGCCCUUAAUUGUAGCGGCAACAAUCACCGAAGAAGCCGUUCAAGAGGCAGUCGAAGUGAGUUCUGUAGGGUUGUAAUCAUUCUUUUAGAAAAUUUGCGUGAGAACUUUUGGAGACUUCUUUAAAUGGCCGUGCAAGUGGGCGUUUUCGCCUACCAUUCAGCUCAUGGUGCAAAUUUUGAACAAAGUCAACCAUGACAGUAACAUUACUUACAUCUGCGAUACCAUCCAUUUGUGCUAAUUAUACGUUUAUAUUCAUAUAUAUGCACGUCUAUUAAAUUUGCCGGAUACUAAGGUUUAUUUGUGGUUCAAAGGGAAAGCUAUUGCUUCUGGAAAUGUAUACUUUGAUCAAAAUGACAUAGGUAUGUGAAUACCUUGAGCAAGCACGCUUUGGUUAUGAAGAAUGGCACCGUGAAUCAAAAGGCCUUCAAUAUGUUUAAAGUUCUUCUUCUUUCUAAUGCCAUCCUGUUUUCGUAGUCUUAAUUCAGGUACGAAAGAGGUUUGGAGAGCAGAUGCCUUAAUACAUCAAUAUUACGGGACCGACGGGGGUUUGAACCAACAUUGCGAAGUUAGGACGUUGCGAGACAAGUCCUCUGAACAAUGAAGUCCAUAUAUAUCUUUCCCAAACACGUUUUCGGACUUUUGGAAUCUUUUCAAAACUGUCUUAACCGGACGAGUCAAACCCUUCGCUGCAUAGGUUCAACUCUUCUAUGUCUUACUAUUAGGCUACUGUUCAUCCUCGAGGGAAAAUUGGAGCAAUUCAAGAAAUCGUUAGAAACGGAAUUGAUCAGCAAGAAUUCGACACCCCCUAUACACGACCGGUUGGGCGCUUCAGGAUGAGAUGGAUCGACGAUGCUGGCAAGAAUCACGGCCUCCGAUGGAGCGAUCUUGCCCUGGCCGGACAAUAG